AUGUCUGAAGGAAAGUCUGUUGGUAUUGAUUUGGGUACUACCUAUUCUUGUGUCGGUGUCUGGCAAAACGAUCGUGUCGAGAUCAUUGCUAACGAUCAAGGUAACCGUACCACCCCCUCUUAUGUUGGUUUCACCGACUCUGAGCGUCUCAUUGGUGAUGCCGCCAAGAACCAAGUUGCCAUGAACCCCUACAACACUGUCUUUGAUGCCAAGCGUUUGAUCGGUCGUCGUUUCGCUGAUGCUGAAGUCCAAGCUGAUAUGAAGCACUGGCCUUUCAAGGUCAUUGACAAGGAGCAAAAGCCCAUCAUUCAAGUUGAAUACAAGGGUGAGACCAAGACUUUCACUCCCGAAGAAAUCUCUGCCAUGAUCCUCGUCAAGAUGAAGGAAACCGCUGAGGCCUAUUUGGGUGGCACCGUCAAGAACGCUGUCAUCACUGUCCCUGCCUACUUCAACGAUAGUCAACGUCAAGCUACCAAGGAUGCUGGUUUGAUUUCCGGUAUGAACGUUCAACGUAUCAUCAACGAGCCUACUGCCGCUGCCAUUGCCUAUGGUUUGGACAAGAAGGUCGAAGGUGAGCGCAACGUCUUGAUUUUCGAUUUGGGUGGAGGUACCUUUGAUGUCUCUCUCUUGACCAUUGAAGAUGGUAUCUUUGAAGUCAAGGCUACUGCUGGUGAUACUCACUUGGGUGGUGAAGAUUUCGAUAACCGUCUCGUUUCUCAUUUCAUGCAAGAAUUCAAGCGUAAGUUCAAGAAGGAUAUCACUGGUAACGCCCGUGCUGUUCGUCGUCUCCGUACUGCUUGUGAGCGUGCUAAGCGUACCUUGUCUUCUGCUGCUCAAACCACCAUCGAAAUUGAUUCUCUCUUCGAGGGUGUUGAUUUCUACACUUCUUUGACCCGUGCUCGUUUCGAGGAAUUGAAUCAAGAUCUCUUCCGUAACACCAUGGAUCCCGUUGAGAAGGUCCUCCGUGAUUCCAAGAUCGAUAAGGGUUCCGUCCACGAUAUCGUUCUCGUUGGUGGUUCCACUCGUAUUCCCAAGGUCCAAAAGAUGGUUUCUGACUUCUUCAACGGUAAGGAACCCAACAAGUCCAUCAACCCUGAUGAGGCUGUUGCCUAUGGUGCUGCUGUCCAAGCUGCCAUUCUCUCUGGUGAUACCUCUGAGAAGACUCAAGAUCUCCUUCUCUUGGAUGUUGCUCCUCUUUCUCUCGGUAUUGAGACCGCUGGUGGUGUCAUGACCGCUUUGAUCAAGCGUAACACUACUGUCCCAACCAAGAAGUCUGAAAUCUUCUCUACUUAUGCUGAUAACCAACCCGGUGUCCUUAUUCAAGUCUUUGAAGGUGAGCGUGCCCGUACCAAGGAUAACAACAUUCUCGGUAAGUUUGAGCUCUCCGGUAUUCCUCCUGCUCCUCGUGGUGUUCCUCAAAUCGAAGUUACUUUUGAUGUUGAUGCCAACGGUAUCUUGAACGUCUCUGCUCUCGAUAAGACCACUGGUAAGUCCAACAAGAUUACCAUUACCAACGACAAGGGUCGUCUCUCCAAGGAAGAUAUUGAGCGUAUGGUCAACGAUGCUGAAAAGUACAAGGCUGAAGAUGAGGAGGCUGCUGCCCGUAUCCAAGCCAAGAACGGUCUUGAGUCUUAUGCUUACAACCUUCGUAACACCCUUCAAGAGGAGAAGGUUGCCUCUGCUCUUGCUGAGGAUGAUAAGACCACUCUCAAGAACGCCGUUGAUGAGGCCAUCAAGUGGUUGGAUGAAUCCCACGAAGCCUCCAAGGAGGAAUACGAGUCCAAGCAAAAGGAACUUGAGGAGGUUGCUAACCCCAUCAUGAUGAAGUUCUACCAAGCCAACGGUGGUGCUGAAGGUGCUGCUCCCGGUGGUAUGCCUGGCGCUGCUCCCGGUGGUUUCCCUGCUGGUUCCACUGCUGAGACUGAUGGUCCUAGCAUCGAGGAAGUCGAUUAA